CCUGCUAACUCUAAUGUUAGCCAUGGGUAAAUUUAAAACAACGAUUGUUUUACUGCUGUUGAUAUGGGGGUACAGCGCAGUGGCUAACACAGAAGAAGGCUAUGAAAGAACAGUGAGAGAUGCUGCCAUCCUGACCUCCUGUGACUUUAACCAGGAAAGUACGCCGCUCUGUCAAUUCCAGCAGGACAGCAUGGAUAACAGUGAUUGGACAAGACAUAAAGGCGCCACCCCUACACCUGGAACAGGACCCCCCGGGGACUACCCUGAUGGAAAUGGUUUCUACAUCUACCAUGAGUGUGACAACGUGGCCAAUGGGCAGAAGGCUCGUCUCCUCAGCCCAGCUCUCUCCUCCACCUCAACCCAGAUCUGUGUCCAGUUCCACUACUACAUGUACGGUUCAGACAACCAGAACCACCUGCGCGUGCUGGCCAAGCGGCCCAGCUCAGAGGAUAAAGUCUGGGAGAAGACAGGGAUCCAGAGCCCCUCCUGGCUUGGAGCUUCCAUUACUGUGGCCAAACCAGCAGGACAGAGCCUAAACAUCGUGUUUGAGGCACAGCGAGGGUUCAGCGAUUCAUGUGACUCAGCCCUGGAUAAUAUUGUCAUCAGUGAGGGAGCUUGUCCUGCCUGUCUUACUGGUUGCGACUUCGACACCUUUGAUGAGCUGUGUAGCUGGGAUGCCAAAUUACCUACAAAUCCUGAACUCUUCGGCUGGGAGCAAUUCAGUGGAGGGACUGAGACCCCUGGGACUGGUCCUGAUGAUGAUUUCUCCAAACCAGGCUUCGGCAGCUAUCUGCUGAUGGACUCAUCAUAUGCUGUCCCUGGAGAGAAAGUAGAGCUGUGGAGUCCCUUCACCUCCACCGGCUCCUCUGGCUGUCUGGACCUCACCUUCCAUUACUACAUGUGGGGAACUGCCACCACAAUGAAGCUCCAAGUGCACGCUGUGACCUCAGGAGGAAACCUUGGAGCCCCCAUCUUCUCCUUGACAGGGAACCAGGGCCAGAGCUGGAAGCCUGCAGAGAUACGCUACCUCGGCUCAGCUAACAUGCAGUUUGUGAUUGUUGGCGUUUACGGUGAGACCCCUGAGACAGACAUCGCUAUAGACGCUGUAUGCAUCACAGCCUGCACAGCUCCACCAACUCCCGGCCCAACUACACCAAAACCCUCAACUCCAGGACCAACUACACCAAAACCCUCAACUCCAGGACCAACUACACCAAAACCCUCAACUCCAGGACCAACUACACCUGGGCCAUCAACACCAAAACCCUCAACUCCUGGGCCAACUACACCAAAACCUUCAACUCCUGGACCAACUACUCCUGGGCCAUCAACACCAAAACCCUCAACUCCUGGGCCAUCAACACCAAAACCUUCAACUCCUGGACCAACUACACCUGGGCCAUCAACACCAAAACCUUCAACUCCUGGACCAACUACACCUGGGCCAUCAACACCAAAACCCUCAACUCCUGGGCCAUCAACACCAAAACCUUCAACUCCUGGACCAACUACACCUGGGCCAUCAACACCAAAACCUUCAACUCCAGGACCAUCAACACCUGGGCCAUCAACACCAAAACCUUCAACUCCUGGACCAACUACACCUGGGCCAUCAACACCAAAACCCUCAACUCCUGGGCCAUCAACACCAAAACCUUCAACUCCAGGACCGACUACGCCUGGGCCAUCAACACCAAAACCUUCAACUCCAGGACCAACUACACCUGGGCCAUCAACACCAAAACCUACAACCACCAAACCACCAGUGAAGUGCCCUCCCAAUGCUGAGUACAUAGAGUGUGGCCCAGCAUGCAUCCCCAGCUGUAAGGAACCCUCUACUAACUGCACUGGCUCCUGUAUCAGCGCGUGUUUCUGUAAGCCAGGCUUUGUGUUCAAAGGCAGUCGCUGCGUCCCCAUCGAAAAGUGUGGUUGUCUGGAGGGAGGUGACUACUAUGAGCCAGGAGAGAUCAUCUUUGGUGACGGCUGCUCCAAGCUGUGUCGUUGUGCUGGUAACUACACCCUGGACUGUGUGGACAACGCCUGCUCUCCCACGGAGGAGUGUCGCAACGGAGCAUGCUAUCCUAAAGGCACUUCUACCUGUAUAGCGUCUGGUGACCCUCACUACACCACUUUCGACAAGAAAUACUACAACUUCAUGGGGAACUGCAGCUACCUGAUGUCUAAACCUUGUAACGACACGUCGGUGCCUUACUACGAGGUGCACACCGACAACGAGAACCGCUAUAACCUGCUAACCAUCUCCUACCUGAAGGCUGUGCACGUGUACGUGCGCGGGGUGAAGAUCUCCAUGCUCAAGGGAGGCACCGUGCAGUUGAAUGGUAUCAAUGUGAACAUCCCUCUGACCCCAGCUACAGGAGUGUCUGUGCAGAUGUCUGGUAAACACUACACCGUUGCCAUGGACUUUGGUGUGACUGUACGAUACGACGGAAACCACUACAUGGAUAUCAAAGUCAUCAACGACUAUAAGGACAAGCUGUGUGGACUGUGUGGAGACUACAAUGGGAACUCCAACAAUGACUUCAAGAAACCUGAUGGUUCUCUGACCACCAACCCCAAUGACUUUGGACACAGCUGGGUCACCGAUCCUAAUUGUAACAAGCAGCCCAACACCACCAUACCUGGUUGUACUGAUGAUGAGCAGGACAGGUACGAGAGCUCAGGAUACUGCGGCAUGCUACUGGACAAGAACGGACCUUUUGCUGUCUGUCAUCCCAAGGUCAACCCCAAUAGCGUCUUCAAGGACUGUCUGUUUGACCUGUGUGAGCUGGACGGUGCCAAGCCCAUCCUGUGUGAAGCCAUUGAGUCGUAUGUAAAUGAGUGUCAGGACCGAGGAGUCACCAUUGGACCAUGGAGGAACAGCACCUUCUGCCCUCUGAAAUGCCCCCCCAACAGUCACUACAUACCAUGUGCCGCCCCAUGCCAGCCCACCUGUUUCGCCAAGUCCCCCACGGGGUGUGACGGACCCUGUUCAGAGGGGUGUGUGUGCGACCCUGGGUACAUCCUCAGCGCCGGGAAGUGUGUCAAAGAGAGCUCCUGCGGCUGCAACCAGACUAACGGAGAGUACUACGAGCCUGGUGAUGAGUGGUACGUGGAUAACUGUAAGCUGAAGUGUUUCUGUAACGCUCCCUUCAUCACCUGCAAGCCCUCUGACUGCCCUCCCAUGCACGAGUGUAAGGUGCAGGGAGGAGAGCUGGACUGCUACCCUACAGGUUCUCAGGACUGUGUGAUCUCUGGAGACCCCCACUACAACACAUUUGAUGAUAAGUUCUACAGCUUCAUGGGAACCUGCACCUACACCCUGGCCAGGGCCUGCAAGAACAACACUGGUCCAUGGUUCUCCGUGGAGGGUAAGAACGAGGAGCGUGGUCUGGCUGGAGUGUCGUACCUGAAGAAGCUCUAUGUAACUGUCGACGGAAUCACCGUCACACUGAUGAAGAGCAGGAGGACUCUGGUGAACGGAAAGCGUGUGUCCCUCCCUCACUACCCCUCUCCACUAAUCUCUCUAUCGCUAGCGGGUCAGUACAUCACCCUGCAGACACCGUUCGGCCUCAAGGUGCGCUGGGACGGAAACCACUAUGCCCAGAUCUCAGUGCCCAGCUCCUACUCUGACCAGAUGUGUGGUCUGUGUGGUGACUACGAUGGUAACCCUAACAACGACUUCACCAAGCCGGAUGGAUCCCAGGUCACCAGCUCCAAGGACUUUGGAAACAGCUGGCAGACCGAGGACGAUGAGGAUGCCACAUGCAAACCCGACACCAACCCAGACCCUGUCUGUGAUCCAUCACUGGAGGCAGAAGUGUCCAAACCAGUGAACUGUGGGAAAUUAACCGAUACCAAAGGACCUUUCAGAGAGUGCAUUGCGUUGGUGGACCCCACUCCGUUCUUCCAGAGCUGUGUGUAUGACAUGUGUCGCUUCGUGGGCCAGCAGCAGAUGCUGUGUGACCAGCUACAGGCCUACACUGACGCCUGCCUGGGUGCAGGGGCCAUGGUUCACCCCUGGAGGAAGCCAGACUUCUGCCCCCUGGCCUGUCCCCCUAACAGUUCCUACUCCAUGUGUGUGAGCUCUUGUCCCGAGACCUGCCUGGGUGUCAGCGGCCCCCCUGGCUGUUCAGAGGUGUGUGUGGAGGGGUGCGAUUGUAACCCCGGCUUCAUCCUCAGUGACGACAAGUGUGUUCCUGUUAAAGACUGUGGCUGUGUCGACUCCUCCGGAGACUACCACCCUGUGGGUGACGACUGGUACCUGGAGGGCUGUAAGGAGAAGUGUGUGUGUCUGGGAGGGGGGGUGAUACAGUGUCACAACACCACCUGUACUCUGACAGAGAGCUGUGGCCUGCAGGACGGAGAGUUGGGAUGUUACCCACUGGAAACAGGAAUCUGCACGGUCCAGGGCGACCCUCAUUACACCUCUUUUGAUAAGAGGGUGCAUAACUUCAUGGGUUCUUGCUCCUACACCCUCACCAAGCCCUGCAAUGAAACCUCUGGGAUGCCGUACUUCACCGUUGACACCCAGAACGAGCACCGAGGCAGCAACAAGGUGGUGUCGUACAUCAAAGCCGUCGUGAUCAAAGUGUACGGGAUUACCGUCAUCCUGGGGAAAGGACGCAAAAUACAGGUCAACGGAACCCUGGUGACCCCUCCUGUGACUCUGACCAAUGGGGUGAAGAUCUACCUGAGCGGGCAGUUUGUUGUCUUGGAUACGACCUUUGGCCUGAGGGUGAGGUUCGAUGGUAACCACCACGCUGAUGUCACUCUGCCUUCCUCCUACAACGGACUGCUCUGUGGACUCUGUGGAAACUUCAACGGUCAACCCGGUGAUGACAACAUCAAGCCAGAUGGUAAACCAGCCGGCAACACCAACGAACUAGGAGAGAGCUGGCAGGUGCCCGACGACCGCCCCGACUGUACCCACGGUGGAGGAGAAGAGGAGUGUGAUCCCAAGGUUGAGGCAGAAGCUGAGAAACCCACCAGCUGUGGCAUGAUCACUGACCCCAACGGUAUCUUCAAGCCGUGCCACGCAGUGGUUCCCCCCAACAUCUACCAGGAGAACUGUGUGUACGACCAGUGUGCUACGGGAGGGGACACGGUGGCUCUGUGUCAGGCUAUAGAGAGCUACGCUUAUCUGUGUGCCUCGGCUGGAGUUCCCAUCGCAUGGAGGAACAACACCUUCUGUCCUCUGAAGUGUCCCCCAGGCAGCCACUACGAGCCCUGUGGUAACGCCUGUCCUUCCAGCUGUUCGAACCCUACUUUCAACUCCACCUGUAACCAGCCCUGUGUAGAGGGGUGUGUGUGUGACCCCGGCCUGGUACUCAGUGGUGACAAGUGUGUCCCACCCAGCCAGUGUGGCUGCACCGACAAGGAUAACAAUUACAGACCGGUGGGUGACGACUGGUACCUGGAGGGCUGUAAGGAGAAGUGUGUGUGUCUGGGAGGGGGGGUGAUACAGUGUCACAACACCACCUGUACUCUGACAGAGAGCUGUGGCCUACAGGACGGAGAGUUGGGAUGUUACCCACUGGAAACAGGAAUCUGCACGGUCCAGGGCGACCCUCAUUACACCUCUUUUGAUAAGAGGGUGCAUAACUUCAUGGGUUCUUGCUCCUACACCCUCACCAAGCCCUGCAAUGAAACCUCUGGGAUUCCGUACUUCACCGUUGACACCCAGAACGAGCACCGAGGCAGCAACAAGGUGGUGUCGAUGCGUCAAAGCCGUUGUGAUCAAAGUGUCAACGGAACCCUGGUGACCCCUCCUGUGACUCUGACCAAUGGGGUGAAGAUCUACCUGAGCGGGCAGUUUGUUGUCUUGGAGACGACCUUUGGCCUGAGGGUGAGGUUCGAUGGAAACUUCAACGGUCAACCCGGUGAUGACAACAUCAAGCCAGAUGGUAAACCAGCCGGCAACACCAACGAACUAGGAGAGAGCUGGCAGGUGCCCGACGACCGCCCCGACUGUACCCACGGUGGAGGAGAAGAGGAGUGUGAUCCCAAGGUUGAGGCAGAAGCUGAGAAACCCACCAGCUGUGGCAUGAUCACUGACCCCAACGGUAUCUUCAAGCCGUGCCACGCAGUGGUUCCCCCCAACAUCUACCAGGAGAACUGUGUGUACGACCAGUGUGCUACGGGAGGGGACACGGUGGCUCUGUGUCAGGCUAUAGAGAGCUACGCUUAUCUGUGUGCCUCGGCUGGAGUUCCCAUCGCAUGGAGGAACAACACCUUCUGUCCUCUGAAGUGUCCCCCAGGCAGCCACUACGAGCCCUGUGGUAACGCCUGUCCUUCCAGCUGUUCGAACCCUACUUUCAACUCCACCUGUAACCAGCCCUGUGUAGAGGGGUGGGUGACGACUGGUACCUGGAGGGCUGUAAGGAGAAGUGUGUGUGUCUGGGAGGGGGUGAUACAGUGUCACAACACCACCUGUACUCUGACAGAGAGCUGUGGCCUACAGGACGGAGAGUUGGGAUGUUACCCACUGGAAACAGGAAUCUGCACGGUCCAGGGCGACCCUCAUUACACCUCUUUUGAUAAGAGGGUGCAUAACUUCAUGGGUUCUUGCUCCUACACCCUCACCAAGCCCUGCAAUGAAACCUCUGGGAUUCCGUACUUCACCGUUGACACCCAGAACGAGCACCGAGGCAGCAACAAGGUGGUGUCGUACGUCAAAGCCGUUGUGAUCAAAGUGUACGGGAUUACCGUCAUCCUGGGGAAAGGACGCAAAAUACAGGUCAACGGAACCCUGGUGACCCCUCCUGUGACUCUGACCAAUGGGGUGAAGAUCUACCUGAGCGGGCAGUUUGUUGUCUUGGAGACGACCUUUGGCCUGAGGGUGAGGUUCGAUGGUAACCACCACGCAGACGUCACUCUGCCUUCCUCCUACAACGGACUGCUCUGUGGACUCUGUGGAAACUUCAACGGUCAACCCGGUGAUGACAACAUCAAGCCAGAUGGUAAACCAGCCGGCAACACCAACGAACUAGGAGAGAGCUGGCAGGUGCCCGACGACCGCCCCGACUGUACCCACGGUGGAGGAGAAGAGGAGUGUGAUCCCAAGGUUGAGGCAGAAGCUGAGAAACCCACCAGCUGUGGCAUGAUCACUGACCCCAACGCUCCCCCAGCUCUGAAGUGUCCCCCAGGCAGCCACUACGAGCCCUGUGGUAACGCCUGUCCUUCCAGCUGUUCGAACCCUACUUUCAACUCCACCUGUAACCAGCCCUGUGUAGAGGGGUGUGUGUGUGACCCCGGCCUGGUACUCAGUGGUGACAAGUGUGUCCCACCCAGCCAGUGUGGCUGCACCGACAAGGAUAACAAUUACAGACCGGUGGGUGACGACUGGUACCUGGAGGGCUGUAAGGAGAAGUGUGUAUGUCUGGGAGGGGGGGUGAUACAGUGUCACAACACCACCUGUACUCUGACAGAGAGCUGUGGCCUGCAGGACGGAGAGUUGGGAUGUUACCCACUGGAAACAGGAAUCUGCACGGUCCAGGGCGACCCUCAUUACACCUCUUUUGAUAAGAGGGUGCAUAACUUCAUGGGUUCUUGCUCCUACACCCUCACCAAGCCCUGCAAUGAAACCUCUGGGAUGCCGUACUUCACCGUUGACACCCAGAACGAGCACCGAGGCAGCAACAAGGUGGUGUCGUACAUCAAAGCCGUCGUGAUCAAAGUGUACGGGAUUACCGUCAUCCUGGGGAAAGGACGCAAAAUACAGGUCAACGGAACCCUGGUGACCCCUCCUGUGACUCUGACCAAUGGGGUGAAGAUCUACCUAAGCGGGAAGUUUGUUGUCUUGGAUACGACCUUUGGCCUGAGGGUGAGGUUCGAUGGUAACCACCACGCUGACGUCACUCUGCCUUCCUCCUACAACGGACUGCUCUGUGGACUCUGUGGAAACUUCAACGGUCAACCCGGUGAUGACAACAUCAAGCCAGAUGGUAAACCAGCCGGCAACACCAACGAACUAGGAGAGAGCUGGCAGGUGCCCGACGACCGCCCCGACUGUACCCACGGUGGAGGAGAAGAGGAGUGUGAUCCCAAGGUUGAGGCAGAAGCUGAGAAACCCACCAGCUGUGGCAUGAUCACUGACCCCAACGGUAUCUUCAAGCCGUGCCACGCAGUGGUUCCCCCCAACAUCUACCAGGAGAACUGUGUGUACGACCAGUGUGCUACGGGAGGGGAGACGGUGGCUCUGUGUCAGGCUAUAGAGAGCUACGCUGACCUAUGUGCCUUGGCUGGAGUUCCCAUCGCAUGGAGGAACAACACCUUCUGUCCUCUGAAGUGUCUCCCAGGCAGCCACUACGAGCCCUGUGGUAACGCCUGUCCUUCCAGCUGUCAGAACCCUACCUUCAACUCCACCUGUACCCAGCCCUGUGUAGAGGGGUGUGUGUGUGACCCCGGCCUGGUACUCAGUGGUGACAAGUGUGUCCCACCCAGCCAGUGUGGCUGCACCGACAAGGAUAACAAUUACAGACCGGUGGGAGACAGUUGGUUCACUGAGCUGGACUGUUCAGAGCGUUGUAAGUGUAACCCUGGCAACAACAUCGUCUGUGAGCCGUGGCAGUGUAGCCCCGCCCAGGAGUGUAAGGUGUCGGAGGGAGAGCUGGCAUGUGUUUCAACAGGUUUGGGUGUGUGUCACGUGGCUGGAGAUCCUCACUACUACACCUUCGAUGGUGUCAUGCACACCUUUAUGGGCACCUGUACCUAUACACUGGUGGAGGUGUGUAACUCCACCAAGGUAACUCCAUUCACCAUUGUGGCGAAGAACGAGGAGCGCGGCCAACCAGAGGCGUCGUACGUGCGCUCCGUCACGGUCUAUCUUCCCAACGCCACCGUCACGCUUCAGAAGAGCAACCGAGUUCUGUUGGACGGGCGCAGGGUGCGUACUCCUCUGUCCAUCGACGUGGCCGGGGCCAGGGUCUUGAGUAGUGGUGUCUACAGUCUACUGGACACUGACUUUGGCCUGAAGGUGAAGUUUGAUGGAGUCCACCACUUGGAGAUCACCAUCCCUGGAGAGUACUUCAACAAGGUGUGUGGUAUGUGUGGUAACUACAACAUGAAUGCCAAAGACGACAACCUGAAGCCAGACGGAAAGCCGGCCAAGGACGUGAUCGAACUGGGCAACAGCUGGAAGUCCGAGGGAGACUCAGACCCAGGGUGCUCGCCAGAUGAGCGUCCCAGCAUCCACCCUAACUGCACGGCAGAAGAAGAGAAACAGUACGAGACCCUGUGUUCUUCUAUCAUCCUUGGCGACAAGUUCAAGCCCUGCCACUCUUUCCUGCCCCCGGAGGCCUUCCUGGGGAACUGCGUGUAUGACAUGUGUGAAUACGACGGCAUGCAGGCCACUCUGUGUGAUAACGUGGAAGCCUAUGCACAGGCCUGUCAGUCAGCUGGGAUUACCAUCGCCUGGAGAAACAACACAUUCUGUCCCCUGCCAUGCACCCCCAAUAGCCACUACUCUGACUGCACGCCCCCCUGCCCCCCCACCUGCGCCGACCUGUUCCCCAUGUUCUGCCACCUGCCCCCCACCACCUGUGUCGAGGGGUGCCAGUGUGAUGCAGGGUUCGUACUCAGCGACGGGAAGUGUGUUCCUCUGGCCAAGUGUGGAUGUGUGGACUCCAAUGGAGAGUACCAUGAUAUGGGAGACUCGUGGGUGACUGACCACUGUAAUGACAAAUGUACCUGUAACCUGGGUGGCUCCAUCACCUGUUCAGAUUUUCAAUGUGAGGACGAUUCUGUCUGCACUCUGGACAAAUACGGAGACCUCUACUGCAAACCUGAGAAAUUCGACAAGUGCAUUAUCCACGGCGACCCCCACUACCGUACGUUUGAUGGGUUCACCCACCACUUCCAGGGCCCCUACACCUACAUGCUGACCGAGGGCCACAACCUCCUCAGCUCACUGGCCUCCCUCCAGGUCAGGGGGAAGAACAUCCGUCGCGGUGGCAACAAGAAGAUCUCCUACCUGGAUGAGGUGUAUGUAGAUGUCUAUGGAGUCAGCAUCCGCUUCCAGCAGAAGAAAGUUGUACUGGUGAACGGUGAGCGUGUGGCUCCUCCUCUCAGUCCUAUAGACGGCCUGACCAUCACAAUGAACUCUAAGAACGUCCAGCUGGUCACCGACUUUGGCUUGACGGUCCGCUUCGACGGCAAGAUCCACGGAGAGGUGAUCCUACCAAGUACAUACAGGAACAGGGUGAGAGGUCUGUGUGGGAACUACGACGGAUCCUCCAAGAACGAGUACAUGAAACCAGACGGAACCGUGACGCGGAACCUUGACGAGUUCGGAGAAAGCUGGAGAGUGACUGACAGGCAGGGGGCGGAGCUAGUGACAGCAGACCUCCCCAAGAUGGUGCACCUGCACAGGCGUGAUGUGGAGACAGACCCAGAGUCUGGCUUUGAGACAGCAGGUUGUACUGACGCUCAGCUGGCUGAGUUGAAUGGUAACAAACAGUGUGGAGCCGUAUCCGACCCUACAGGACCCUUCGCUGCCUGCCACGCCCAACUACUGCCCAACAGCUUCCAGGAGGACUGUGUGUUUGACCUGUGUGCGGAUCAGGAAACCGCCUCGCUGCGUUGUGACAGCUUUGAGGUGUACGCCCUGGCAUGCCAGGAGGCUGGAGUCAAACUGGGCAAAUGGAGACAACAGCUGGGCUGUGUCCUGAGCUGUGUGGCCAACAGUACCUACUCUGAGUGUAUGUCCCCUUGCCCCGCCUCCUGCUCUGACCUGGCCGCGCCCUCCGAUUGUGACUUCACUGCCUGUGUUGAGGGGUGCCAGUGUGCCCCCGGUUUCACCAUGAGCACAGGCAGCUGUGUGCCUUAUAGCGAGUGUGGCUGCAACUACCUGGAUAGAUACUACCCGCUCAAGGAGAAGUUUGUGACAGAGGACUGUGCCCUGUCGUGUGAAUGUACGGCCUCGGGUGCCGUGUGCCAACCCAAGGGCUGUGCCGACACACACAUCUGUACCAUUUUCGACUACACGCGUGACUGCUACAAAAUGAGUCCGUGUCUGUCUUCCCCCUGUCUAAAUGGCGGUACCUGCUCUGAGUCUAACACUACAGUUGACCCAUUCACCUGCCAGUGUAAAGAGGGCUUCGAGGGCAACCAGUGUGAGAUCGAGAAGACUGAGACCAGCGGAGGCCUGGAUCAGAACACGAUCAUUCUCAUCGCAGUCCUAGUGCCUCUGGGAAUCAUCAUCAUAGCACUGAUCUGUGUGUUAUGCUACAAAUGCUGUCGAAAGAACAAAAAAAAGACGUGUGAUUCUGACAGCACAGAUUCAAGCUAUUGGAAGCCAGCUAAAGAGAAAAGCACAAGAAAAACCCCUGUCCCACCAAUUCAGCUGAUUUAUUACAGAGGCAAGUGGACCUUGCCGUGCCAUAAUUCUAUAACCUCAAACCUUACCUUAACCUCACUGAAACUAUACUAACUUUAACCUAACCCUUGUUCCUAAACAUAAACUUAAACCUAACCUAACCUUCAUUCAUUUCGACCCCUAUGCUUAAACUUCAGUUUUUGUAAUUCUAUGAAGCCAUGAUCAGGAGGGAAAUUGUGAAAUCAAUGCUCAUACUUUGUGUUCUUCCACUGGAUUGCAUGACUGGAUUGCAUGGCAAGUAGUUCUGCCCUCUAUCCUUCCCAACUAAACCCUUGAUCACCUUGGUGACCUGACCAGGAGAAACUCCUGGACCUAACUAAUAAUAUCUGUCAUAAAACAACAAAUGAAUAAUAAUAAUAAACAUUACACCUCUC